CCUAGUUCACUCGGUUAAUCCAACGCUUAAUACAAACCCACCCAGCUGCAUCCUAAACCCUUAGUUCUCCCCUCUCUGAACUUCUAUCAACCUCUCUCUACACCGCACGCCUAAACCCUUUCUUUCCAUCAUCAUCAUCACCCCAAGAAGAGGCAGAUCAGUGCAAGGAGAAGUGAAGAAGAUGCAGGCAUACAGUGGAGCUGCAAUAAUGGGUGCUGCUGUACAACAACCCGAUCUUUUUACUAAAGGUUCUUCCACUUUUUUUCCCAAGUUGAGUGCUACUAAGGAUAGAUUUCCUUCUCAAGUUAGGUUUAAUCCAGUGAAGACUUGUAAAGCGGCCUCUUCUUCAAUCGAAGGGAGCUUGGUUACAGGAAGACCACCAUCUUCUGUAUCAGUUCCUAUUCCUAAAAUGGGAGGUAAUGGAAGGGGUUUGAUAGACCGUAAUCUGAGUGAGGCAGACCCUGAGGUACGUUCAAUAAUUGAUAGUGAGAAGAAUCGUCAGUUUAACAGCUUGGAGCUCAUUGCUUCGGAGAAUUUUACAUCUCGCGCAGUGAUGGAAGCUGUGGGUUCUUGUCUCACAAACAAGUAUUCAGAAGGGCUUCCUGGUAAAAGGUAUUAUGGUGGCAAUGAGUACAUUGAUGAGCUAGAGACACUUUGUCAACAAAGGGCUUUGGCUGCAUUUCACUUAGACCCAAAGAAAUGGGGAGUUAAUGUCCAACCUUUGUCUGGUUCUCCUGCAAACUUUGAAGUUUACACUGCACUUCUCAACCCACAUGACCGUAUUAUGGGUUUGGAUCUUCCUCAUGGAGGUCACUUGUCACAUGGAUUUAUGACUCCUAAAAGACGGGUAUCUGGGACUUCGAUUUAUUUUGAAUCGAUGCCCUACCGUCUUGAUGAAUCAACAGGCCUUAUUGAUUAUGAUAUGCUUGAGAAAACUGCCACCCUCUUUCGACCAAAACUCAUCAUUGUUGGUGCUAGUGCUUAUCCUCGUGAUUUCGAUUAUCCUCGAAUGAGAAAGAUUGCAGAUUCUGUUGGGGCUUUUCUCAUGAUGGAUAUGGCUCACAUAAGUGGUCUCGUUGCUGCAAAUGUACUUGCCGACCCAUUUGAAUACUGUGAUGUUGUAACAACCACCACUCACAAGUCAUUACGAGGUCCCAGAGGUGGCAUGAUUUUCUUCAAGAAAGAUCCUGUGCUUGGGGUUGAUAUGGAAUCUACGAUUAACAAUGCUGUUUUCCCAGGGUUACAGGGAGGUCCUCAUAAUCACACAAUUGGAGGGUUGGCCGUGUGCCUAAAGCAUGCUCAGAGCCCAGAGUUUAAGGCUUAUCAAUUCCAGGUUGUCUCCAAUUGUCGAGCACUUGCCAGCCGGUUGACUGAAUUGGGGUACGAACUGGUUUCUGGGGGUAGCGAUAAUCAUCUUGUUUUGGUAGAUCUGAGAAAAGCGGGUCUUGAUGGUGCACGAGUGGAGAAAAUCCUAGACUUGGCUUCUAUCACCCUCAACAAGAACUCUGUUCCAGGCGAUAAAAGUGCCCUAGUUCCUGGAGGAAUUCGAAUCGGUGCACCAGCCAUGACUACCCGAGGAUUCACCGAGAAAGAAUUCGUUGAAACUGCAAAUCUCAUUCACGAGGGCAUUCAACUAACUGCCAAAGCAAAAAAAUCUGUUCAAGGAUCAAAGCUGCAAGACUUCAUGAAGUUCGUCGAAUCUCCUGAAUUUCCCCUCAAGGAUGCUGUUGCAGAUUUGAGAAAGAGAGUCGAAGCUUUAACAACCCAGUUUCCUAUUCCUGGAUUGUAACAUAUUUAUUAGGUCACGAGUUCUGUUCCCUAGACCCUAUAUGACAUAUGUAUCUAAAUGAGCAAAAGACCGUGAGAGCAUAUUAAAAAAGCUAAUGAAAUCCCACUUUUGUUCCUAGUAA